CUACACUUUGUCCUGGCCCUCACCCUGUGACAGACGCUCCAGCAAGAUGAAUCUCAACUUCACCUCCCCUCUCCAUCCGGCAUCUUCUCAGAGGCCCACGUCGUUUUUCAUAGAGGACAUUCUCCUACACAAGCCCAAGCCGCUGAGAGAGGUGGCCCCUGACCACUUUACGAGCUCUCUGGCCUCUAGGGUGCCUUUGCUAGACUAUGGCUACCCCCUUAUGCCCACACCCACCCUCCUCACCCCUCAUGCCCAUCACCCUCUGCAUAAGGGGGACCACCAUCAUCCUUAUUUCCUGACCACCUCGGGGGUGCCGGUCCCGGCACUGUUCCCGCACCCGCAGCAUGCGGAGCUGCCGGGAAAGCAUUGCCGCCGCCGCAAAGCUCGCACCGUAUUUUCUGACUCGCAGCUCUCCGGCCUGGAGAAAAGGUUUGAAAUCCAGCGCUACCUGUCGACACCAGAGCGUGUGGAGCUGGCCACAGCCCUCAGUCUCUCCGAGACUCAGGUGAAAACGUGGUUCCAGAACCGGCGGAUGAAGCAUAAAAAGCAGUUGAGGAAAACUCAAGACGAACCAAAAGCCGCAGACGGGCCUGAGAGCCCCGAGGGCAGCCCCCGUGCCCCAGAGGCCGCCGUCACCGACGCUCGGCUGAGUCUGCCUGCCGGCGCCUUCGUGCUUACUGAGCCGGAGGACGAGGUGGACAUUGGGGACGAAGGCGAGCUCAGCUCAGGGCCGCACGUGCUCUGAAUGGCCAUGCUGGGGAUACCCGGGAGAAAAGGUCGCGGGGACCUUGCCGGGCGGAAAGACUCGCCGAAACUCCAGACUCUAUUCCAGCCGCCCGGGCUGGAAG